CCCCCCGUCCGUCCGUCCGUCCGUCUGGUCCUCCGGUCUGUGCCCGGUGCUGGCCAGGUGGCGGGGGGGCGGGGGGGUUCGGGUCGCGGACGCAUCGCCAUGGUAACCCUCAGCAGGUUUGAGCCGGUCAUGGAGGCGGGCUCCCGCUAUAAGACCUUCUGCUCGCGGCGGCAGCAGCAGCUGGUGGGCGAGGCGGUGAGGAAGCUGCGGGAGAGCGGGUUCUACUGGGGCGCGCUGAGCGGCUCGGAGGCCAGCGGCCUGCUCCGCCCCCACCCCGCCGGGACCUUCCUGCUGCGGGACAGCUCGGACCGCCGCCACUUCUUCACCCUCAGCGUGCAGACCGCCUGCGGCGCCAAGAACCUGCGCGUGCAGUGCGACAGCGCCGCCUUCUUCCUGCAGACGGACCCCCGCAGCGUGCAGCCCGCCCCCCGCUUCGACUGCGUGCUCAAGCUGGUGCACCACUACAUGCCCGCGGGCGCGGGCGGGGGUGCGGGCGGGGGCGCGGACGCCAAUGCCCCCUUCUCCUCUUCCUCCUCCCCCUCCGCUUCCGCCUCCUCCCCCCGCGAGGCCUAUGGCGGGGACGCGGACGCCCCCUCCUCCUCCGCCUCCUCCGCCUCCGCCUCCUCCCCCCGCGAGGCCUAUGGCGGGGACGCGGACGCCCCCUCCUCCUCCGCCUCCUCCACCUCCUCCCCAUCUGCCUCCUCGCCCCGCGGGGCCUACUUCAUCUAUUCUGGUGGAGAGAAGGUUCCCCUGGAGCUCCUGAGGCCGCUCUGCUCCUCCGCCGCCUCCCUGCAGCACCUCUGCCGCAAGACCGUCAACGGCCACCAGGACGCCUGCGGCAGGACCGACCAGCUGCCCCACCCGCUCAAGGACUUCCUGCAGGAGUACGACGCGCCCAUAUAAGGAGGCUUCCCAGACUCCGCCCCCACAUGGUGACCCGGGGGAACCCCCUCCCCUGCACACACAGUUUUCGCUGGGAUCUGUUUAAGGUGAUGGACAUCACCUGAGUCUGAGGUUGGACUGUCAUUCUGAAGGGGGUGGGGGGGGGGGGGGUCUUGAAGACAAAACUUUCCAUGGACGAAAUGGGUCAUCCAUGUCAACGGUGUUCUCAUCUUAGGACUGGAUGAGGAAAGUGGGUGGGUGGGGGGCAGGGGAUGUUGUUGGGGGGGCGGGUGGUGAGAGGAUGCUGCCGUUGCCAUGGAAGCUGGUCUCGGGAUAGGGCAUGCUGAUUGGAUGGUUCAGUUGUCUGGACAAUGUGUGAGCCUUUGCUUUCCCCCUGGUUCCGGGACAGGAUAUGCCGGUCGGCGUGGGUUACCAUUGCCAUGGUGUCUUCACGACGCUAGGCCCGUUGUCACUGUAGACUCGGGCCACGGUAACUGUGAAUGGUAACCCAGGCGACAGAUGGCGUCCUCCUGGCGUUUCCCAUGACAUUGUACUGUAGCCUAACGUUGUGAUGAUGAUGAUGAUGAUGGUGGUAGUGUUGCAGGAACAUUGAGGGAACGCUGUGGGGGGAAAGCCAUUCCAGAAUACUGCCCGGGCAGGAUACAUUUCAUUUCUCUUAAUCAAGAAAGACUCCCUCCUCCCAUCACCUCUCUCCCCUCUCUUUGUGUUUUGGUUGCCAUUUUGGCUCCUCCUGCAGGAGGUGUUUCCUCAGCAGCAGGCUGUGUUAAUGUGCAUCUGAGCGCGGCACACGGAGCCGGCCGGGCCUGAGGCGGCUCACUGCCCCUUAAGCGUGUGUGGGGAGACCCUGCAAAGCCACUGCGUUACCGCUAGCAACCACAGCCCACAGCCCUCACAGGGCAACUGACCAGGAAGUCCUUUAAAAACAUCUGUCCAUAAAAAGUGCCUGUCCUACGGGCUUAGACUACAUUCACACCAGGUCAGGCAAUGCGGUAAAACGGCAGUCUUCCCAUUCAUUUGAAUGGGGGUAGUGCGUUUAGGCUGCGGGAGUGGGGACCGCAUGGGGCGCAGAAAAAAACCGUAGCGGCCUGCGGCAAGAAAGCAGAACCAGAAUCAACUUUUGCCGGAACGCAACCCGACAUCACGCUGCAGUGGCCAAUCAUGUAAGUUGUUUGAAUUACCAUGUAGCAGUCCGCUGUUUACCGAGCAAAUGUCAGAUGAAUUACUGAUGUGAUUCAUUUCCUAAGAUUUGAUAUGAUGAUCGUCAUAGUGAUUUGACAGUACUGGGUAAUGGGACGAGUACCGAAACAAUAAUUACUAGCUAAAUCAAUUCCAAACGUCGGAAUUAAGCUGUAUAAAAGAUUCGCUAUUUAGCAGUUCUUGCAUGUUAGUUUAUUGUACCUAGCACUAUGGAGUUCAUGGACCAAACGAUGAUACUCUACCAGUUGUGUCCUCGCUUGGUUUAUUUCGUGUACCCAGCUUCGACGUCUGCGUGUGGCUGGCAGUCUACGCUGCAAAAUAACGAUUGCAAGAAGCUUCCUUCGGUUUGCGUUUGUUUCCAUUUUUUUUUUUUUUUUUUUUUUUUUUGAGUUAGCGGACAGGGGGAGGGGUUAAAGUUCACAACAUGACGUCACACAAAUGGGCCAUGUAAUGACACGCCCACACCGCCGCACAGCCCUGCGGCAAGGUGCCGCAUUGCCUGAUCUGGUGUGAAUGCAGCCUCAGUGUUGCCGCGCUGUCCCGUCCGCCGCCACUGGUCUGCCGAGCGGGAAAGGCGCUUGCUGUGGUGGUAACGCGGUUUCCAACGGCGACGGCGGAAAAUCCAAAAUAACAAAGAAAAGCUAAGAAAGAAGUUUUUUAAAAGUUUGUGUUUUUGUGCGAGGGGGGAAAGGAAAGGGAGGGUUGGGGGUGGUAAAGGGGAGGCUGGAUUGUGUCUUUGGGGAGGGCCUGGCCUUGUACCCCUGUGGAGGAACGCAGACACACUGUCCCAAACACCCACUGAAUUAAAAAUGGACAGGGGCAAAAUGUGAUGGCUUCUGUUUCUGACAAGCAAAACUGGUGUGUUAACUGAUGAAUGUAUUCUGAGCAGAAUGCUUAUUUUCCCCAGGGGGAUCAGGGGAAUGGCCAAAAAGGUUCUCUUAUUGUAAGAUUUUCAUUUUUAUUUUUAAGUACUCUCUUUGUUCUUAUACCAUGACAAUGUUUACAUGUGUGAUAGCGAACCAAGACAGCAUACAUUAUUGAUUUUUUUCUCUAUCUUUUAUAAAGAUGGCGUCUUAAUCUUUGGCCAGGUAGCUGGCAGUACAAGCUUGAAGGUCAUAAAAUGAAAGCAUAACAAACAGCAAAGACAACUGUAAUGAAAGAGACUUUGCACAUAUAUAUAUAUUUAUAAGACAUUUCAGUAAUUUAUAUUAAAGAGCACUAUUUUUACGAAAUGAAAA